CGCCUCACAUAGCGGGCGGGGCCUAGCCAGGGAGGGACGUACGUCACUUCCGUUCCGUGGUGGAGAGCGCUGGCUCCGGACGGUGGUGGCGGUUAGUGCGACGGUUGCUGGCAGCCUUCGAGGGACAAUGAGCGACAGCGGGGAGCAGAACUACGGCGAGCGGGAAUCCCGUUCUGCUUCCAGAAGCGGAAGUGCUCAUGGGUCCGGCAAGUCUGCAAGGCACACUCCUGCAAGAUCUCGAUCCAAGGAGGACUCCAGGCGAUCCAGGUCAAAAUCUAGAUCCAGGUCUGAAUCAAGAUCUAGGUCAAGGAGGAGUUCUCGUAGACACUAUACAAGAUCACGCUCUCGUUCCCGCUCUCACAGGAGGUCCCGGAGCAGGUCUUAUAGUCGGGAUUAUCGACGACGACACAGUCACAGCCAUUCUCCUAUGUCUACUCGUAGGCGUCAUGUUGGAAACAGGGCAAAUCCUGACCCAAACUGUUGUCUCGGUGUGUUUGGAUUGAGUCUGUACACCACAGAAAGGGACCUGAGAGAAGUGUUCUCCAAGUAUGGCCCAAUUGCUGAUGUUUCCAUUGUGUAUGACCAGCAGUCUCGGCGUUCAAGAGGAUUUGCAUUUGUGUAUUUUGAAAAUGUUGAUGAUGCAAAGGAGGCUAAAGAGCGUGCCAAUGGAAUGGAACUUGAUGGGAGAAGAAUCCGGGUAGAUUUCUCCAUAACAAAAAGGCCGCACACCCCUACACCUGGAAUCUACAUGGGGAGACCAACUUAUGGCAGCUCCCGACGAAGAGAUUACUAUGACAGAGGGUAUGACAGAGGAUAUGAUGAUCGUGAAUAUUACAGCAGAUCUUAUAGAGGAGGUGGUGGUGGAGGAGGAGGAGGAUGGAGAGCUGCCCAGGACAGGGAUCAGAUCUACAGGAGAAGAUCACCAUCCCCAUACUACAGCCGAGGAGGUUACAGAUCUCGCUCCAGGUCUCGAUCCUAUUCACCUCGUCGCUAUUAAAACAUGAAGUGUAGAGGAAUUUCUAACUACAGCCCUUGAGCUGGGAUCACAGAUAUGUGGACAAUAUUUUUAUUGUCUGUUCUGUUUAAAAAGUGAGCAGUGCCUAGGGAAUAGGUGACUUUUACACCUUUUUAUGAAGACUACUUUUUGGUGAAGUUAAAAUGCUGUUUCAUUCUGCAUAUCUGUGUAGUUUGGUGCUUUGUUCAAAGUUGUGUUUUUGAAAGGAGUAUGUUUUGCAUGUAUUUUUUUAGUCAGAAUUUUGACUGCUGAAAGGUUUCUAUUAUACAAAACUGUUCAUUUAAAAUUUUUUCUACUGAUUCCAGGAUAUUCUGAAGAUCAAACCUGUGUAAAAUGCUUUCAAAUAGUAAAAAAUAAUAAACAGUUUGAUUUUUACUUCCCAAAUCUUAUGCAUAGCCAAAGUAAUCUGUUCCUCCAAUUCUCAAAUUCAAUCGCUAAUUAACUAAGAGAAAAGCCAGUCAUCGCCCUUCUCCACAGCCUGCCAGAAUAUGCAUAGUAUGAAGCCCAUUAAUAAAAAGUUGUUUAUACUGCUUUUA